AUGGAUUUCGACCCAUUACUGUUAUUCACCCCUCCACGUCCCAGAAUAGAAAGUGAGAUUGAGCAAAUACGAGAAGCCCAGAUUGUUUCCUCGGAUUAUUCAAAAAACAUUCUUGAUGAGGAUUUCUUAGAAGACGAUGAAGACUCUGAACUAGUACCUCUUCAUGUCCACGAUCUACCACUAUUACAACUCAAGCCUCCAAGCUGUGUUUUAAUACUCUUCCUAAAGUUGCUUGCGCCAGAUACGGUAAGGAACUUUGCACCCUCUGAGUCGGCUACUGACGGAAAGGCUCCGCAUGUAAUUUUUGCUGAGAAGAAUGUAAGUGAUUUGGUGACCUCAUCGCUCGAUUGGCUCAAGCCAUCCAGUCUGAGAUUUAAUACUGAGAAGCUGCUUGCAUCUGUCCCUCUUCUUUCUGACUCUUUAAAGCGCAAUUUUGUCUCGGAAUUCAAUGGCUGGCUUACAAGACUAAUAUCAACAGAACUUGCAUGGAUUUCAGAGACAUCUGUGGAUGAAAUCAAGAAACUUGCAUCGCUUCGACUUGCAGAAAACUGCGGACGGUCUGCCCAGCCCGAAUUCAUUAGGGAAAUUCAAAUUACCCAUUUGGACGACUACAUCUUGUUGCGUGAACCAUCGCUCACUUCUGACAACUUAGGACUAAAAACAUGGGGCUCAUCUUUCAUCCUCGGUACCCGUCUCGCAGGAGACAAAGAUAACAAAUAUCUAGAAGGAUCAGUGUUAGAAUUGGGCUCAGGCACUGGCUUGGUUGGAAUGGUUGCAUGUCGAUUGGGGUAUGAUACAACAUUGACAGAUCUAAAUGAGAUUCUUCCCAAUUUGAAAGCGAACGCUGAACUAAAUGGAAUUUCCAAUUGUGACGUUGCUGAAUUAGAUUGGAGUAAUCCUUCUGACUUUCUUUCUGCAAGGGGCCACGUUACUUUCAACACCAUAAUCUUGUCUGACCCUCUCUACUCUUCAAAGCACCCACAAUGGAUUGUCAAUAUGAUUAAUCAGUUCCUCAGCCCCGAAGGAAGUGCCAGAGUGCUCUUACAGUUGCCAAUCAGAAGAAAUUUUGAGAAUGAACGUGCAAAUUUGUGGGAGUUGAUUGAACUGAAUGGAUACGUUUCCGAGGAGGAAGCAUUUGAGACCGGAUAUGACGAUUUCGGUGAAACAACAUUUCUAUUCAAAAAGCUCAUCAGAAAGGAAAGUUAA